GUAGUCCAAGGCAUGGACAGCAUGUACUCCUCCACAGUUGUCCCAGUUUGGUUAUCUGCAUCGAGUAACCCAGAGAAUGAAAUUCUUGUAUAUGCACUACUUGACAACCAAAGCGAUACCACAUUCAUUAUGCAAGAUAAGGCAGAAGCUCUGGACAUGAAAGGGGAAGCUGUGCAGUUAAAACUCUCCACACUUUCAUCCAGAAAUACAAUCAUCCCAAGUCAAAGGUUAGUUGGACUGCAGGUGAGAGGUUUCUAUUCAUCAAAGAAGAUUUCUCUCCCUGUAACCUAUUCAAGAGAGUUCAUCCCUGCCAAUCUAAGUCACAUUCCUACACCAAAAACUGCAAGAGCUUGGUCACACCUAGAGCAUCUUGCUGAGGAAAUUGCUCCAUUGAUUGAGUGUGAUGUAGGACUUCUCAUAGGAUACAACUGUCCACAGGCUUUGCUACCCCGAGAGGUUGUCCCAGGUAAAGACAAUGAGCCAUUUGCUCAAAGGACAGAUCUUGGUUGGAGCAUAGUUGGUUGUGUUAGCCCAUGUGUCGACUAUGGUGAUGCUAUAGGAAGCAGUCACAAGAUUGUCAUGAAGUCAGUGAAACCUCAUCUCCAGACAUCUAAGAAGCUCACAAAUGAAGUGAAAUACAUAUGUCGAACCCAAGUUAAGGAGUUCAUUUCACCACCAGAUGUGCUGAGGAUGCUUGAGUCUGACUUCAGUGAGAGAAGAGUGGAGGAUGCUAAUUUAUCCCAGGAAGAUUUGCGUUUCCUAACCAUAAUGGAAGAAGGAAUCAAAAUUAAAGCAGAUGGUCACUGUGAAAUGCCACUUCCCUUCAAGAAAGAUCGACCAAAUCUCCCAGACAAUAAGGUAUGUGCAGUUCACAGGCUUCGAUGCUUGAAAGGAAGAUUUGAAAAAGACAAACAAUACCAAAAGGACUACACGACCUUUAUGAGUGAAAUCAUAACAAAUGGGGAUGCAGAAAAGGUCCCAAUAGGAGAAAUUAACAACAGUCCUGUGUGGUACAUUCCUCAUCACGGGGUGUAUCACCCACACAAGCCAGGAAAAAUACGGGUUGUGUUCGACUGUUCAGCAAGAUAUGAAGGCGUGUCAUUAAAUGAUUACCUUCUCACUGGACCAGAAUUAACGAACAGCCUGAUAGGUGUUCUCUGCCGCUUUCGCAAGGGACAAGUUGCUAUAAUGUGUGAUAUUGAGCGUAUGUUCCAUCAGUUUCACGUCAAAGCAGAGGACCAGGACUACUUGAGAUUUCUCUGGUGGGACGAUGGAAACUUCCAGGCUCAAUCAUCAGUCUAUCGCAUGCGAGUGCACCUAUUUGGAGCUGCCUCUUCCCCUGGUUGUGCAAACUUUGGCUUGAAACAUGUUGCUGCCCAAGGACAUGGUCACUACAGUGAAACCACGAUUCAGUUCAUUGAACGAAACUUUUACGUGGACGAUGGGCUCACAAGUGUCGCAACCAAGGAGGAAGCCAUCAAGUUAGUAAAGGAAGCAAGGCAACUCUGCAGUGCUGGCAAACUGCGAAUUCACAAAUUCAUUUCCAACAAUCAUGAAGUACUUGCAUCCAUUCCAGAGAGUGAACGUGCAGAUUCAGUACGAAAUCAUGACUUGGAUCUUGGUGAGUCCCAAAUUGAGAGAGCUCUGGGAAUCAAAUGGUGCAUUGUUUCAGACCAGUUCCAUUUUAGAGUGAUUGUGGAAGAACGCCCACUUUCUAGAAGAGGAGUCUUAUCAACUGUGGCAUCCAUCUAUGACCCUCUUGGCUUUGUGGCACCAUUUGUUCUGGUUGGAAAGCAAAUACUCCAACAGAUGUGUCAAGACAAGGUUGGAUGGGAUGAGCCACUGUCAGAAGAGCUCAAACCACGGUGGGAGUCUUGGCUGUUAGAUUUAAAGAACCUGGCGGACAUCAAAAUUCAGAGCUGUCAUCUUCCAGAAGGUUUUGAGAAAGUUGAAAGAUAUGAGCUGCAUCAUUUCUCAGAUGCGAGUGUUAAAGGGUACGGUGAAUGUUCUUACUUGAGAGCAAUCAGUGUCUCAAACCAAGUCCACUGCUCUCUAGUUAUUGGCAAAGCCAGGGUGACUCCUACAAAGGUCACCACAGUACCCAGGCUUGAGCUAUCAGCAGCAGUUAUUGCCGUGCGAAUGAGUGAGCUGCUUAAAAGGGAGUUGGAAGUUCAAGCCAAAGAAUUCUUCUGGACAGAUUCGAAGGUUGUUCUUGGAUACAUCAACAACGAUGCUAGAAGGUUUCACAUAUUUGUGGCAAAUCGCAUUCAGCGUAUCCAAGAAGGUUCCAAUCCAGACCAAUGGAGAUAUGUGACUUCUGAGAACAAUCCUGCUGACCAUGCAUCACGGGGUCUGACAGCAAAGGGACUAAUUACUUCCAACUGGUUCACCGGUCCAGAUUUUCUCUGGCAGGAUAAACUUCCUGCUGAUGACAUUAAGGUGGGAGAGUUGGGAGCUGAAGAUCCAGAACUUCGUAAGACUGUUGUCCAUAAGACACUGACCACAGAAGAUUCGUUGCUCAAUCAUUUCUCAAGGUUCUCAAACUGGUUAAGGCUAGUUAAAGCCAUUGCACCACUCAUGCGAUGUGUCAAAGAGCUCAAGGGUCUGAUGUGCAGAACAAACGAAGUCACCAGUCUUGAGGAGAGGAAAGAGGCAGAGCUUUUCAUCAUAGCUACUGUCCAAAGCGAGCUGUUUUUCGAAGAAAUCAAAUAUCUGAAAUCGAAGGAGACAAUAACAAGAGAUCGUGCAAAUAGGCUGCACAAACUGAAUCCCUUCUUGGAUGAAAAGGGUGUGCUAAGAGUGGGAGGUCGGCUGAAGCAUGCAGAUUUACACCCACACAUCAAACAUCCAGCGAUCUUGCCGAGCAAAACCCACAUAUCAAGGUUACUGAUUGAACACUUCCAUCAAAAGGUUCAUCACCAGGGACGUGGGAUGACUAUGAAUGAGCUGCGAUCAAAUGGCAUUUGGCUAUUAGGAUGUAGUCACGCAGUGUCUUCCUACAUCUACAAGUGUGUCAAAUGUAGGAAAUUCAGAAGGAAUGCUGAAGUACAAAGAAUGGCAGAUUUACCGCGUGAAAGAGUUGAAACAUCGCCUCCCUUUUCCUAUUGUGGAAUGGACUGCUUUGGCCCGUUUUACGUUAAGGAGGGAAGAAAGGAACUUAAACGCUACGGUCUGCUAUUCACAUGUCUGUGCUCUCGUGCUGUGCAUAUAGAGCUUCUCGACGACAUGACCAGUGAUGCCUUUAUUAAUGCUCUUCGAACCUUUAUCGCCAUACGUGGAAGUGUCCGACAGCUUCGGUCAGAUCAGGGCACCAACUUUGUUGGAGCAAGACGAGAGUUCUUGGAGUCUGCAAAGAAAAUGGACCAAGAAAGCCUAAGACAACUAGGUUGUGAGUUUGUCAUGAACCCAGCAUCUGCCAGCCAUAUGGGUGGGGCCUGGGAAAGGCAGAUCAGGACGAUUAGAAGUGUUUUGACAUCCAUUCUGGAUCAUUCAUCUAAAAGACUUGACACUUCAUCCUUGCGUACCUUCCUUUAUGAAGUCAUGGCGAUCAUAAAUAGUAGGCCCUUAACAACUCACCUGUUGAAUGAUCCCACUGGUCCACAGCCUCUUACGCCAAAUCACAUCCUGACCAUGAAGUCUUCAGUGGUUUUACCACCACCUGGUGAGUUUGUGAAGGAAGACCUUUAUCUUCGAAAAAGAUGGCGCAAGGUGCAAUACCUGGCCAAUGAAUUUUGGACCAGAUGGAAAAGGGAAUAUUUGCUGAAUCUUCAGCAGAGAGGAAAAUGGUGCAAAACACAGAGAAAUGCCAAGAUCAAUGACAUUGUGAUGCUGAUGGAUAAUAGUCUACCCAGAAAUGAGUGGAAGUUGGCCAAGGUAACCAAGGUGUACCCUAGUGAGGAUGGAAUCAUUAGGAAACUCGAGCUGCUAAUCAGUGAUGCGACAUUGGAUGACCAAGGAAAAAGAGUUAAUAAGCCAGUGUAUCUUGAGAGACCCAUCCACAAAACAGUUACCCUACUUGAAGCUGAAUAGUUCAGAACUCCUGUCUUUGUAACUUGUGUUUGGCCCAAGAGACUAUCUACACUUAUUUUUUCCUUUGCAAUGAGGUUCAGUUGAA